AACUGCGAACUCAGCAAGGAGGCAGCCCGCGCGCCCUCGUCCUCCGGCGGAUGGAUCCAAUGAAAACGCAGCUGGACCCUUUUGAUGCGUUUGGUGCUCGGACUUUUACUUUCCCUCGGAAGUUUCCUGGUAUAACUGUGCAUGGAUUUCCUGUGCUAAAUGUUUGUUUAUAACGUAGCUGCACGUCUGUACUUCUCUAAGUUGUAUUUGAUCACGGUAUCGUUCGUUAGUUUUUGUGUUCAGACCAGUUGAAGGGGAACAAGACUCCCUUUUAACACUUAAGAAACGAUAUCGCUGCGUUUUUUCUUUCAUUUCAGUUCUUUUCCCAUAAAUACGCAUGACGCCUCCUUAGCAAAAGUUACGCGUAAUUUGGCACCAUUAACGCCCUUUCAUCCUCAUAUCUCAGGCUGCGUAAUUUGCGCAUCACAGAGCGGAGCGCUGGGUACUCGUUUUUCAAGCACUGCAAAAAAUAUCCACCCUUCCAAAUGUUUUUAUUCACUGACUCAGUUUGAGGUGAUUUUAAUGCGUAAGUAUGCACCAACAGUAACUUUAGCGAUUUCUUUUUGGUUUUGGCACCGUGUUGAAGCUAUUGUAGCGCACUCUCAAGCUGUAAAACUGACUUUAGAUAACAUUUGCUGGUCAUUUUUUGCAGCUUCGGCAGUAGAACCACGUCAUUGUGUCAGAGAACUCCCCUUUUUCCUCCCUGUUGGUCCUUCAUCCACAGUUAAGAAACAACUGGAUAUAGAUUAGGGUCAGAAGAACAGUCAUUAUGACCGGAUUUCGGCUGAACUUCUCGCCGCUGAAGGAGCCUCUGGGCUUCGUCAAACUAGUGGAGUGGCUCACAGCUAUAUUUGCUUUUGGAAGCUGCGGUGGAUUCUCAGGGAGGAACAUCCUAACUGUCUUAUGCGGGGAUGGCAAAAAUGAAACUCUCAAUGCCAACUUCCACUAUCCAUUUAGGCUGAGCCAGGUCCCGCUCAUCGACGGUAACACCACUAUUUGUAACCAGUCUGUCGCUGUCACACACAUGGUCGGAGACUCGGCCUCUGCAGCAGAGUUCUUCGUGGGCAUUGGCAUCAUUUGCUUCUUGCACAGCAUGGCAGCUCUGUUGGUGUAUUUAGGCUACAUGCACGUCUACAAGAACUCCGAAUUUGGACCCAUUUUUGAUUUUGUUGUCACAGCCAUCUUGGUCUUUCUGUGGCUGGUGAGCUCAUCCGCCUGGGCGAAAGGAUUGCAGAAUGUGAAGUAUGCCACGGACACUGAAGGCCUCAGUGCUACUCUGGAUGUUUGCAAGGGAAGCAAUAUCACCUGUGAAGUCACGGAUUACGCCAACAUGCGGACACUCAACAUUUCUGUGGUAUUUGGCUACCUCAACAUGUUUAUUUGGGCGCUCAACGCUUGGUUUGUCUACAAGGAGACUCGUUGGCACUCCCAGAAAUUCUCUGCACCUCCCGGACCUGGAAGGCAACACGGCCCUUCAAACAUCUAACAAAAUAAGUACAAAAACACAGUCAGAUGCUAAAAAUCCUCUGGUGCAUUCCACAUAUAGAGACCAUAAAUUUUAGCACAUGUAUUCAGCCACCUGGUCAUUGCACCAACAGGGGCUUUAUACAAGUAUGUUUAUAUGAAGUUGACCCCCUUUUUGUAGCUAUAACACAGUCAUGUUAGAAUAGAAAAGGGCCUUUCCCAAACUGUUGCCACAAAGUUGGAAGCAUAGCAGUGUCCAAAAUGUCUUGGUAUGCUGCAGCAUUAAGACUCUUCACUGGAGAUAAGGGGCCUUGCCCAAACUUUGAAAAACAUCUCCAUACUAUUAUCCCACCUCUACCAUCUCGCCCAUCUGACAGCAAAACAGAGAAUCAUAACUUGUCACUCCGAGAUAACAUUUCCACUGUUCCUCAGUCCAGUGUCAGUGUGCUUUACACCACUCCAUCUGGCACUUUGCAUUGGACUUGGUGAUGUGAGGCUUGCAUGAAGCUGCUCGGGCAUGGAAAACCAUUCCAUGACGCCCCCGCUGUCCAGUGUUUGUGCUUGCAUCAGUGCAAAUGGAAUUUCAUAACUCAGAUUGUUGGAAAUUUUGUGGCUUAGUGGCUGUUAAUCAUGGUCUUUGGCUUUGUGGCUGAGUUGCUAUUGUUCCUCAACGCUUCCACUUUCUCAUAAUAUCACUUACAGCUUUGAUUUUAUGCACCUGUGGCAACAGUUCUGAUCAAAACACCUGAAUUCAGUAAUGAACAGGUACAGCCAAAUAUUUUUGGCCUCAUAGUGUAUCAACUAAGAUAUCAUAACACUUGAAAAAUGCUAUCAGAAUUAAAAUAUGAUUGAUAUAAACACCCCAUGCCCCCCUUACAAUACUUGAACUGACAGUAGUUCUUAAAGCAAUUUAAAGCUUCAGAAGGAAAUGUUGAUUUGUGUCGACUUUGGCGCCCCCUUUGGUCAAAGCACUUCCUUUUAUUUCUUCACUGAUUCUUUCCUGUAACUCAAAGGACAUAUUCCAACAAAACUUCUUAUCCCGCUUUCUUGUAUAUGCAACUCUCACUGUGAAUAAUAGCUGUGGAAAAUGUAAAAAGAAAGUGUUUCUUCAACAUGCAGGCUUACAUCUACCCAGCGACAGUCGUUUUUGGCUUUAAAAUUAACAAAAUACAAAUUACCAAUCUUGUUGCCAAUGGUUUUUCUGCUUUUUUUUAGCUCAUAAAGAGGCCUCAGUGUAAAGUUCAGUCAGUGUCAUGAAGAUUUUAAAAUUCUUUGCUGGAGCUUUAAUUUUAACAGUGUCUCUUCUAUCAUUAUGUUUUUUGUGUGUAUUUUAUUAUUCUGUUUCAUAUACUUUAGCAACACCAAUGAUGUUAGUAUGUGAAAUAGUUUGAAAGUGCCUUAUUUGAUUGUUUCUUAUGUUUUGUCAGAUGUGCACAGACAACGACCAAAUAUAUUAGUUUUUGUUUUGUUUUGUUUCAUUAGGGUUGGUUUAGGUGUUCCUCAAUAAUCUGAUUCAAAUAAGGCAGAAUUCAUUUCAUAUUAAAUGGACCACUAAUGAAUGUAAGGUACUUCAAACUCUACAUUUAUGACUUAAGACCAACCAACUGUUUUUUUCUUGUUAAAUCUGCCACAGUUAAAUGAACAGUGUGUCUUGGAACUAGAGGAAGUUGUGUCUGCAGUGCACUAGGAAGCAUAAUGAUCCAUCAGGAAAUUAAAGUCUUUGUAAUUGGUUUAAAUACAGUUCAGAGCAUGAAUGUAAUUCAUGUGAUUUUUGGCACACACACUUGUAAUCAUUUAAUUCUUCAAGUGCUCACUCACAGUUUGACCGUUGCCAUCUAGUGGUUGCUUGCCGGUAUUGCAAUGUCUAAAUUAAACUGUGCACUAUUUCUAUGAAGUAUAUCGACCUGAAAGUCUUUAUCUUCCACAAAUUAUCCAAGGUGAGGUCAAUAUAAAGACAAGAAGGCAGACAUAAAACUCACAGAAAACCAAAACAUCAGGAAGAUAGUUUGCACAAUUAUUAUUACUGCAGGCUGCAAUGUUUGCUCCUUUGUUUAUGAAGUGGUUGAGAGUUUAGACUCUUAAUAAGAACCUAAGUGAGAGUACAUUUAGGAAAAUCCUUGUGUGCAUGCAGAUUUCUUCUGUCUCUGACUAUUUGGAUGUAUCUAGAGUAGUCUGUGCAAGGUACCAGUUAAAAAAGUGCUUCUUUCAUUUUUCAGUGGCGCUAAGUUGAUAUCAUAUAGCUCUAUGAUUUUAAAUCUUUUCUUUUGUUGUAUUUUUCAAAUAAGUCCAUCUUGUUUUUCUCUUAUUAUUUCCUAGCGUUUUUAAACUUUCAUGAGACACCAUACAGUAUGCUGGUGCUGUGGUCAUGAACUUCUGUGUCUUUUAGUAUUAUUUUCAAUGUAUUUUGAUUAUUGUUUGCAGGAAUUUCUGAUUUUAUUUGUUUUUGUCCAAUGCUUUUCGAUAUAUAUAUUAAAACAAUGCAUGUUGGAUGAAACUAUUUGAAACAACCUAAGUGUGAGGUGUACUGGUUAUGCCUCCUCACUCAAUUAAUCAUCAUCCAGCUCUAGCUUUGUCAAUGAUCUCUCCAUUUAACCUGCAAGAGUGACAUAUAUUCUCUCUGUGACAUGCACACAUUUCCAUGUACAGUGCCUUUGUUUUUCAAUAAAAUUAAUGU